AUGGACAGCAACGGCCCAGGCUCCCCGCGAGCAAUUGCCAACUUCAUCAUCGCCAAGCUCACUGACGCCACAAUCUACGUCCAAGACCUCAUCGAGGCACAGGCUGAAGAGGAGCGCCGUCGCGUUCGGGAGGAGAACGAGGCUAUAUCGAGGGAGGCGCGCCGACGCGUUAUGGAGUAUGGCGAUGCGGAUGAGUCGUUAAUGGGGGACCGGGAGGCGGAGGAGGGGAGGAGGAGGCCGCAGGUGUGA